CAAACGAGGCCUUAAUUUCACUUAAUGGCGACUCGAGCCGCGAAUUUAAUAAUUAACCCGUAACGAGGUGCGCAAUGCUUUUCUACAGGAAUAAGAAACGGUCGUUCUUUACUCCGGCAAAGAGAAAAAUCUUAUCGUUCGUGGUAAUAAUAUUAUCACGCGCAUUACACGCUACGGAGUAAAAAAGGAAGAACAACAUCAACAACGCGAUAAGUCUUUAGCUAAACAAAUAAUCAAUUACUCCCGCUUUCUACAAAUUGAUUCAUAGGAAUCUAUAUUUGGAUCCGAUUUCGCGGUGAAUUUAUAAGAAAGCUCGAACAAGAGACCGUUCGAAGAAAUUCAAACGCGACCUAUAAAUACCACUGGAAAACAAUGAAAUAAUCGAGAGGUUUGUUUCUUAGACGGUGGAAUAUUCCAGAUGAAAAAGUGGCGAACAAACUGACCGUUGGUAGCAGUUAGUGUAAUUACAUUCUGAUUGAUAUGUUACGUAUUUAAAUCGUACGAGCAGGUUCCGCUUGAAAACUCGAAACACCAGCGUUCCGCGUUUUAUUUAACGCGCGUCGCACUGAAUCGUCGUUUGCAAUUUACACGAUACUCGGCGAACGAAACGGCCAUCAUCUUCAUUAAUGAUUCUUGACCCGCAACCGGCAAUUAUUUUUCAAUUAGUGUUCGUGGUGUACGUGUACUCCUGCUCUCGGUGUUUUCCAUUCAACGAAGUUAUCCAGAACGAAGUCAAUAAGACGAGUUAAACCGAAUACAUUGGAUACGCGAUAAAAAUUAAUUGGAAACGUUGCACGAUGCAUCUUAACAGGGUCGAGAUAUUCGAUUUGAGAAUGUAGCCGUGAACAGCGGGAGGAAUAUCUUUAAAUCGACUUCAAGUUUCUUUAUCGAUAAAUCGAUGAAAUUGGUACUGAUAUCUGACUUUGAAAAAUCUGUAAAUAAUUCUUACCAACGGGCUACUCACUUUGGGACUUUAACCCGGCAAUGAAUGUCUCAUAUUCGAGAUGCUUCAUGAAUUUUUUAUCACUAUUUACAAGGAUCUCUAAGAAAAAUUCAAAUAUGAGACACAAAUUAAUCUAUUGUCUGAACGAUGCGAUCAUACGCGUUCUAGCAGGUGUAACUCGAGAGGAAGAAAGGGUAACGAAGAAACUCAACUUAACGUCGGACAGGUUCAAAGUAAUUCGUGAAAAUAUUCUGCUCGUGAUAUGCAAAGGAAUUUCCUUCAAUGAUACUCCGAGUAAAAAUGUCGGGAGAAUAAAGGCUGCUGCGGAGUCGCAAUUAACAAGGAACUCUGAUAAGUAAAUCGGCAAUCACCGAGCACUCAUUCAUGUGACUGAAUAGAAUUCAAUAGCGAUACACUUACGGAUGCUAGCGUGGUCGUGCAACACGCUCGCUGGUAGGAGCGUACUAAAUAAUUCCCCCGUUUGCCUGUAUUCGAAUCCAGGUUACGUGGCGACGGGAACGUCACUUUCGCCUAGGUGUUCACACUCUGACGAUAGUCGAAUGAAAAUUUACGUGUGAACCACCGUAUUACCGAUCACCCGCAACAUAUUACAACGACGACAGCACAGCAGACGCGAGAACAACUCUUUACGCAUCCGAGAUUCGACUGAAGGUGUUCACCCUGAUAACCUGUAACUAUGCAGAGUGUAGAUGGGCGUAUUUACCAAUCAGACGGUUCGCCAGUGCGGUAAUAAGUUUACAGUUAACAAAUGCAGCGAAAGUAUUUUCAGAAAUUCGUUUCGUUAAAGGGGCGUACAGAUAACGUUGAUUUAUUUCUUUCACGGAUACGAAGCAUCGUAUCUAAGCCGUUUUACUUGCAUAAUAUCCCCAUGGAACUCCGUAAAAGUCCUUCGCGAGUAGGAACAACGUUUCGUUUGUUUAAUCGAUACGAGAGCAGUAUUCAACGAGUAAUCGGACGAUACACUUAUCGUGAAUCUGUGGUUUCUCGUAAAUGAUCAAAUGGAUAUCAGCGAAGACAAAGAGCGAAAAGGAAGCAUCAAAUCGACGUACGGUUGCUCGUUCACGGAACAAGAUUCCGAAUCGUUUAGCCUUUCGGGUAAAGUUCCUGAUGAUUUCGCGUCCAGAUUGUGCCGGAAACCACCUCGAACAUAUAAAAAGGGCAGAGAUGAGAUCCCCUUUUUCGUGCCCCAUAAAAAACUGCUCGAAAAAAUCGAUCAGAAGCCGGAGCUUCGGGAGCCACUGACCGGAUUUAGCGAGCAGCAAGGAAAGAUUAGAAGAGACGUCUGCAAACCGUAUAUUCCGCGCGCGAGAACCGAGGACGAGAUUUUGUCGGUCGAGGUUGCUGCUGAUCGAAGAAAGAAACUUACGAAAAAAAUUCCACCGUGGGAAAGAUUGCAAAUCGCUAUUAAACAGCAGAAAAAGAAGGACCUCGAUGCGCCGCCGUUGGUUGACCAGCUGGAGCUGAUCCAGCAGCUACGAGAUGAUCCUAAAAUUGGAUUCUUUUAUAUGAUCUACGCGGUGGAACGGUCCUCUAAGUACUUCACCCCAUACGCGCUCAAACUGGUGCAUUACAAGGACGUGGGGAGAACUUACAUGACGAUCAGCGCCAAUGGUGUAACGCAGUAUUCGCCGGACGAAGUCAGCUUCACCCCUAUCGAACAGUGGGAGAGAGAAUACAAUUUUUAUUUCAAGCUGCUAAAGAUCAGAUCGUUCGUGGUAUUCCGGAAGUGGAAGGCGUUCUUCGUCUGGAGGAAAUCGGUCUCCCGCAGGAAGUUUCUGGAAGCGAGGAAUUAUUUAGAGACGAAUCUCUUUAUAUCGGACCCGAUCCUCAGCAAGGCCUUGCUGGAAAUUAAAUCGAUGUGCUCCGUCUUCCUGGAUUCAAGCUUCUUCGACAACAGCACCACGGAGAAGCUGCUACUAUUUUAUUUCGUGGAGAAGCAGUUCGCGAAACUGGAGCAGACGAGACGAAGACUGGACGAAUUCAGGGUACUGACGAAAGAUAUCGUUAACAACGCCUGCUUAGGCGCGCUGUUGAAGGCUGGAUACACACCAGACGACUCUAAUAUAACGAUCGAACAAACUGCUUUUGGGAAGUUAGGUGAAUUUAGCGGUGUCAAGUUCAAGAUGCCGAAAGACGGUGUCCUCAAGAUGAGUUACAUCGAGCAGGCGAGGAAAAGGGAGAAAUGUUACAGGCUGUCAUGUUUCAUUCACUUGAUCGAUUACAUGCAAGCGAACAUGAUGCACGGGCUUCUGAUAAAUACUUACGUGGAGUUUAUAAAAGUCCUGCAAGCUCACAUGGAAUUUUUACCGAGCGAGGAGAUGAUAGACAACGAUGUAAUCGACCUUCCGCUGAAAGGAAUUCCCUCUUCGAUGUACCGUCUUCAGUGGCCGUAUUACGUGGUGGAUCUGCUAAUUCUGCCAUCUUCGGAGAUCGUGAUGGAUCCCUCCGAGAAGAUCUUCCGCUUCGUGAUACAAACGAUCCAAAUCAUGUGGGAGGAGAACGUAUUCGCCAUUAAACCGCUGCUCUCCGAUCCGUUCUUCAAUUCGUUCACCAGGCCAAUGAUCAAUCACAAAAUAGAAGAGCGCAUUUCCGGCCUACCUCCGGACAUGCACGACGUCCUGAAGCAGGACCCGAUCACGCACGCGUUGAAGCAACAACUGAACGAGACUUGGGAACGGAAUUUCGACAUUGUGAAACGUUACUGUCGCCGCUUCAACGAGAUCCGUGGAUUCUAUCUGGAGGACACGAGAUUCGACGAGAACAUUAUUCGCGACAACCGGGACUGCAAAGUAUUCCGUGAAUGGAGCAUCCGGUACAAGCGGGAGCUGGAGCUGAUCGGCAAAGUUAUCGAGUAUCAGUCGCUGGGCGUUUUCCUCGUUCAACUCGAGCGAUUUAAGAUUGCCGCGGAAAUCGCUCCCAGGGGGAAGAUAGGGGUUCUCGAAGCAGUAAUGCCUGGGCUGGGAAAGACCAGAGUCGACUCUCUGUUAACUAAAGCCAUCGAGUCCAUUAAUUACCUCGAAUCCGACCCCGUCACCACGGAAGAAUACGUCGCGUACAUAAAGUUCGUCGAUCAAGCUCGAGAAAGCGUGGACGAGAUGGAGGCACAGUUGGACUACGUGAAAGAACUGUACGAUUUGAUGGAGGAGUUCGGUUUCCCGAUACCGUCGGUGGAUAUGGCUAAUUACUUGGGCAUCGGCGCACACUUCACCAGUUUGCGUUUGGUGAUGGAGAACGUGCUGGAGGAACGACCGAAGCUGAUAAACAAAUUCAACUCUCAACUGCAGAAAGACAUCACAGCGUUGAACGAGAAGAUAUCCGAGAUUCGUGACGAGAUCACGCAACCCUGGCUAUUGGAUUACGAAAGCGACGACGAGGCUUGUCUGAGUACCCUGAAGGAGCUCGGCAAUCGGUUAGCUGGCUGCGCGGCAACUGCCGAGGAAUACCAUGCUCAUCAGAGAGCCUUUAAGCUCGAGCAAACGAGAUUCGACGUUCUGGACCAAGUGACCAACGAGCUGAGACUGCGAACUUUAUUAUGGGAGACGCUGACCGAGUGGGAGCACGAAGUCUACGAGUGGCAGACAACCGACUUCGAUACCUUGGACGUCGAAGACAUCACUUCCUUCACGAUGCGCACAAUGAAGAAUCUGAUCCAGUUGGAGAGAGGCUUGCCGGCGAACAAUAUCGUUCCCGGCUUGAAGGAAACCGUGGAAUCGAUAAGGAACAAAUUGCCGAUCCUCGGAUACCUGAGGAAUCCUGACUUAAGAGACAGACACUGGGAGAAGAUCGAGGAGAUAUUGAACUACACGUUCAAGCCCGACGAGAAGAAGACCUGGAACCAGAUGGAACUGCUCGGUGCUUUCCAGAAACCCAACGAAUUGAUGGAAGUUGCUGCCACGGCGAGCUCCGAGGCCAAUCUGGAGAAUAUGCUGAGGAAGGUCGUGGAUAUGUGGGAGCAACUGAAGUUCGUCGUGCUGCCUCACAAAGAGGAGAAAGACGUUUUCGUCCUGGGCAGCCUGGAGGAGGCUGAAACGGCGAUGAACGAAAGCAACAUCAAUCUGCAGACCAUCAAAGCAUCCCGCCGCGUUGGACCCAUUCAACCUUUGGUCGACGAAUGGGUUCAGAAGCUCGAUCUGUUCAUCGUUACUCUGGAAGCCUGGCAGUACUUGCAGCAGCAGUGGAUGUAUCUGGAGGCAAUCUUCUCAGCGCCGGACAUUCAGAGGCAGCUACCGAUGGAAGCAAAAUUGUUCAUCGUGGUCGACAAGUUUUGGAAGGAUCUCAUGAGGCGGACGUUCAAGAAUCCCUUGGCAAUGGCGGCUUGCACUCAACCAGGCUUGCUGGAACUACUGGAGGAGAACAACAGGAGGCUGGACGAAGUGAUGAAGUGUUUGUUAGCGUAUCUCGAGACGAAACGGGUAGCAUUCCCGCGGUUCUUCUUCUUGUCGAAUGACGAGCUUCUAGAGAUCCUAGCUCAGACGAAGAAUCCACACGCUGUUCAGAGACACUUGCAGAAAUGCUUCGACGCGAUACACAGAUUGGAAUUCGGGACGAAGGAAAGCGAAACUGGCGAAGAGCUGAUCUUGACUACCGAUAUAGUGGCAAUGAUUUCACCGGAAGGUGAAAGGGUUCCCCUAGGGCAAGGUCUGAAGGCCAGAGGCAACGUCGAGGAUUGGCUGGGCAGAGUGGAGGACGCGAUGUUCACGACUCUGAGGAGAAGAAUGAAGCAGGGGAUCAAGGAUUUAGACGCCAAAGGGCGACAGCAAUUCCUGUAUAUGCAUCCAUCGCAGAUAGUCCUGACCGUGUCCCAAAUCUUUUGGACCCGUAGAAUUCAUCUGAUCUUGGAAUCCGAGGGCCAUGUGCUCGAGGCGAUGAAAGCGUUCGAGCAACAGUGUUUCGCGGACUUGAACGAGUUAGCUGUGAUGGUCAGAGGAGAUUUACCGAAAUUGAUACGCGACGUCAUAAUUAAUUUGAUAACGGUGGACGUUCACGCCAGAGAUAUCGUCACUAGCAUGGUCGAACACGGCGUGUCGUCGAGUACGGAUUUUGAAUGGACGAAGGCACUGCGCUAUUACUGGGACGCGGAAAUUGACAAUUGCGUGGCACGCAUGAGCAACGCCGAGUAUCUUUACGGAUACGAGUACCUCGGCGCUCAGAAAAGACUGGUUAUAACUCCCCUAACCGACAGGUGCUAUUUGUGUCUCAUGGGAGCGCUUCAGUUGGACCUCGGAGGUGCGCCAGCCGGCCCAGCUGGGACCGGGAAAACAGAGACCACGAAGGAUCUAGCUAAGGCAGUCGCCAUUCAGUGUGUCGUGUUCAAUUGCUCGGAAGGGCUCGAUUAUAGGAUGAUGGGCAGGUUCUUCUCUGGACUGGCCACUUCCGGUGCCUGGUGUUGCUUCGACGAGUUCAACAGAAUAGACAUCGAAGUUCUAUCCGUGAUCGCUCAACAACUGAUCACUAUUAGGAACGCGAAACUCGCCAGAGCUAAAGAGUUCAUGUUCGAGGGUCGAAUGAUGAAGCUCGUGAUGUCCUGCGCCACGUUCAUCACCAUGAACCCCGGUUACGCGGGUCGCACGGAGUUACCGGACAACCUGAAAGCCUUGUUCCGGCCGUUCUCCAUGAUGGUUCCCGAUUACAAACUCAUAGCCGAAGUCACUUUAUACUCCGAGGGAUUCGAGUCGUCGAAGCCUCUGUCGCAGAAGAUGACUCUGAUGUACACGCUCAGCAGCGAGCAGCUCUCCCAGCAGGAUCAUUACGACUUCGGAAUGAGGGCGGUGAAGAGCGUGCUGGUGAUGGCGGGCAGCCUCAAACGGAACAAUCCCGACAAACCGGAAGACGUCGUUCUGAUCCGAGCUCUACGCGAGAGCAACAUACCGAAGUUCUUGCGCGACGACGCUGAACUGUUCGAGGGCAUCGUGGGAGACUUGUUCCCAGGCAUCGUAAUACCCGAAGAAGAUUACGGUGUUUUACAAGAGACCGCCGUCAAGGUACUCGAAGAGGCUAACUUACAGCCGGAGAAUUGCACCCUGAAGAAGGCCAUUCAGUUGCACGAGUGCCUGCAGGUGAGGCACGGAGUGAUGCUGGUCGGACCGACUGGCUCUGGGAAAACCACGGUUCUUCGAACCCUCGCGAACACGUAUAAUAAACUCCACGAGAUGGGUGCACCCGGGCCGACCUAUCAGCCUGUUCACAUGUACGUGAUCAAUCCAAAGGCGAUCACUAUCGGUGAACUGUAUGGACAAGUGGACAUGAUGACCAACGAGUGGCACGACGGACUCAUAGGGUUCACUGUUCGCCAUGCCUGUUCAUUAAUCACGGAAGAUCAUCAGUGGAUCGUGUGCGACGGACCUGUCGACGCUGUCUGGAUCGAGAACAUGAACACCGUCUUGGAUGACAACAAAAUGCUGUGCCUAGCGAACUCUGAGAGGAUUAAAUUCACUCCGUACAUGCGCAUGCUCUUCGAGGUGAUGGACCUUGCACAAGCAUCACCGGCAACCGUCAGUCGAUGCGGAAUGGUCUACGUGGACCCUGCGGAACUGAAAUGGAUGCCGUACGUGAAGACCUGGCUGACAACUCUUCCGGAAGCGCUUCUUAAAGACGAUCACCGGCAGUUGAUCGUCGAUCUCUUCCAAAAGUACUUCGAAGAGGGACUGAUCUUCUGCAGAACGAACUGCGAGUUCCCGAUUUCCCAGGUUGACAUUAGCAAGGCAAAUAUGACUUGCGCGAUAAUGGAAAGUCUUCUGAGGGAGCCGGGAGCCAUCGAGAGAACCGCUGACAAGACGAAAAUCAGAAUGUUCAUCACUCAGAUGUUCGCGUUCGCUUAUCUUUGGUCGGUCGGCGGUAACGUCAUUGACGCAUCUCGGGUCGACUUCGAAGCUUUCGUUAGAAAACAGUUCGAGGAUAAUGAGGACGCAUUCUUGCCAUCGGUCGAUUUGUGGGAUCUUUACAUGAACGUUCCGGCUCACCGAUUGGAUAUUUGGACGGACAUCAUGCCAGAAUUCGUGUACGACCCAGGAACGCCCUUCUUCGACAUUCUCGUCCCGACAGUGGACACCGUGCGGUUCGGUUUCAUGAUGCAGAAGAUGGUGGAGAUAAACAAACCAGUGUUCUUUACUGGAGACACUGGAGUUGGGAAAUCGAUAAUCACGAAAGUGGUGUUGAAAAGCUUGGAGGACACUCAGCUUUGGGUACCAAUCACUUUGGCCUUCUCAGCUCAAACGAGCAGCGGCAGAACUCAAGAGAUUCUUGAAUCGAAGCUGGAGAGGAGGAAGAGAACCGUUUUAGGGGCUCCAAUCGGAAAACGAAUCUGCGUCUUCGUGGAUGACGUUAAUAUGCCUAAACUGGACACUUAUGGAUCCCAACCGCCUAUCGAGCUUCUGCGGCAGCUGCUGGACUUCGACGGAAUGUACGAUAGAGAUAAACUGUUCUGGAAAUACGUGGAGGACGUUGUCUUCACCGUGGCUUGCGCUCCUCCCGGAGGCGGAAGGAACCCGCUAACUCCGAGAUUCGUGCGACACUUCGCGAUGCUACUGAUCCCGGCACCCUCCGAAUGGACACUGAAAGGAAUUUUCAAGGCGAUAAUGAACGGCUUCCUGAAUGAUUUCGUGGAGUCGGUGAAGCUGGUCGGUGAUAAAAUAGUGAACGCUGCGGUGGACGUGUAUCGAAGAAUCGCCGAGGACCUGUUGCCCACUCCGGAGAAGAGUCACUACAUCUUCAACCUGCGGGACCUGUCGAAAUGUAUUCAGGGCAUCAUGCAAGUCCGAGCGACGGUCAUCAAGCAACCUCAAGAAAUGUAUAGACUCUUCUACCACGAAUGUCUUCGAGUCUUCCACGACCGCCUGAUCAACGUGGAGGACAAGAGUUACUUCUACCGACUCCUGAACAACAUCUGCACCGGAUCGUUCGGCGUCGAGGUGGUGAGGCUACCCGACGAGAAGAUCGUCGAGAAACCACCAUCGCUGUUGUUCGGUGAUUUCAUGGCGUUCGGAGCAGCCAGAGAUCAGAGGAUCUACGAGGAACUCACGGAGAUACCGAAAGUUAAGAGAACUUUGGAGGACUACUUGGAAGACUAUCGGUUCUCCGUUGGCAAGGACAUGGGAAUAAUCUUCUUCAUGGACGCCAUUGAACACGUCUGCAGGCUCGCUCGGAUCCUCCGGUCGGAAAGAGGCAACGGACUUCUCGUCGGCGUCGGAGGAAUGGGAAAGCAGAGUCUGACGAAACUCGCGUCGCAUUUGAACGGCUACAAGUGCUAUCAGAUCGAAGUCACACGGACGUACGACAAAGCCGCCUGGCACGAGGACCUGCGGCGAUUUUACUUCGAGCCGGGCGCGCUCGCGAGGCACGCGACGUUUCUAUUCACGGAUACUCAAAUGGUGAUGGAAGAUUUCUUGGAGGACAUCAAUAAUACUUUGAACACCGGCGAGGUGCCGAACCUGUACGAAGCGGACGAAUUAGAGAAAGCUAUCAUAGCUACUAGACCCGCCGCGAAGGAAGCGGGGAUCAGCGAGUCGAACAGGGACGGAAUUUAUCAGUUCUUCAUCGGGAGGGUCAGAAAUCAGCUUCAUCUGAUGAUCUGCAUGAGUCCCAUAGGCGAUGCAUUUCGGCACCGGUGUCGCAUGUUCCCUUCACUGGUGAACUGUUGCACGAUCGAUUGGUUCACGGAAUGGCCGAACGACGCCCUGCUCUCGGUAGCGGAGAACACAUUAUCAGCGAUCGUGCCGGGAAAUCCCGAGUUGCUUUCCGGUCUCAGUUCGAUUUGCGUGUCGAUCCACAAGACCGUGGAAGAGGUGACGGUUCGAUUCUUCGUGGAAAUGCGCCGCCGGUAUUACACUACGCCUAGCAGUUACCUGGAGCUGCUAAAAUUGUUCCGAAUCACGUUGGAGAACAAGAGGAAAGAGAUAGAGACCUUGAAGAGUAAAAUCGCGAACGGUCUAAACAAACUUCUGGAGACCAACGAGAUGGUGGCUGUGAUGAAGGAGCAUUUAGUGAUCCUCGCUCCGAAGUUGAAGACAAGCACGGACGAAGUGUCGAAGCUGGUGAAGAUGCUCGCCAAGCAGCAAGCCGAAUGCGACAAAGCUAAAUACGUGGUGACCGCUGAAGAAGCUACAGCCAAGCUGAAAGCUGAAGAAACGGCGAUCUUAGAAGCGGACGCCAGGCAAGACUUGGAAGCAGCGAUUCCAGCCCUGCUGGAGGCUCAGAAGGCGUUGGAAGCCUUGAACAAGAACGACAUCAACGAGAUCCGCGUGUUCAACAAGCCGCCCCAUUUGGUCCGGUUCGUCAUGGAAGCCGUUAAUCUGCUGCUAGGCGAAAAGACGGAUUGGCCGUCGGCCAAGCUGGUUCUGGGUGACAUACAUUUCCUCGACCGAUUAAUCGCGUACCCUAAGGACGAGAUCAGCGACAAACUUCUAAGCAGGCUGCAAGAAUACGUGACGCACCCGGAGUUCCGCGCGGAUCUCGUUGCCAAGCAGAGCAAAGCGUGCAAAUCGAUGUGCAUCUGGGUGAGAGCGAUGGACGGCUACGCGAAGAUAUACAGAGUCGUCGAGCCGAAACGCCAGAGAUUGCACGAGGCGGAAGCUGAAUUGCAGGCGAUCGAAGAGGUUCUCGCGUUGAAGCAGGCGCAGCUCGCCGCGUUGGAGGACAAGAUCGCGCAGUUACAGGAGGAGUACGAUUCCGCUCUGAAGAAUCUGAACGAAUUGGAAGCUGAAAUGAUGCUGGCGGAAGCGAGACUGAACAGAUCAGGUCGGCUGACGUCCGCGUUGGUGGACGAACGGAUACGAUGGGAAGAAAUGACACGCGGGUUCGACAAUCAAAUAAUGAAUCUGACGGGCGACACGCUGGUUGCUGCCGGAGCUCUCGCUUAUCUCGGCGCGUUCACGAACGAGUACAGGGAAGAACUGAUGCGGAUCUGGCUGAAUAACUGCAAAGACCAUGGCGUGAAGACCACAGAGAGCUACAGUCUCGUUUCGAUAUUAGCUGAUCCCUAUAAGAUCCGCCUGUGGAACACACACGGGUUACCAAGAGACAAAGUCAGCACGGAGAACGCAAUAUUCGUCACGCAAUCGAUUCGUUGGCCCCUGAUGAUCGAUCCUCAAGAGCAGGCGAACAGGUGGAUACGCAACAUGGAGCAAGAGAACGACCUGAAGAUCUGCAAGCUGACAGACGCGAAUUUCAUGAGGAUACUGGAAACUUCCAUCAGAUUAGGGAUACCUGUGCUGCUCCAAGAAGUGGGAGAGGUGUUGGAUCCUAGUUUGGAACCUGUGCUGCUCAAACAGAUUUUCCUGCUGGGAGGCAGGCUGCUAAUACGAUUCGGCGACACGGACGUCGACUACGACGAGAAUUUCCGACUGUACAUCACGACGAAAAUCGCCAAUCCUCAUUACUUGCCGGAAGUCUGUAUCAAAGUGACGAUAGUUAAUUUCACCGUGACCAUGGGUGGCCUCGAAGACCAGCUACUAGCAGACGUUGUGCGUCUCGAGAGGCCAGACCUCGAGUCGAUGAGGAACGAUUUGAUAAUGAAGAUCAAUACCGACAAGGGCCAACUGCAGAGCAUCGAGGACAGAAUACUGACGCUGCUGUACAGUUCCGGCGACGACAUUUUGGACAACGAAGAUCUAAUCGAGACCCUGAACGACAGCAAGGAAACCUCCGCGAUCAUCGCGACGAGGCUGAUCGAAAGCGAAGCCACCGAAGAGAAGAUCUCCGAGGCGCGUGAAAAAUACCGAUUGGUAGCGAAUCGUGGCUCCGUGUUGUACUUCGUCGUAGCCAAUCUCGCGGACAUAGAUCCCAUGUACCAGUUCUCGUUGAAAUACUUCAAUCAGAUAUUCAAUCUAGUGAUCGAGUCAACCGAGAAGGACGAGAAUCUGAGUCGUCGGCUGCGGACGUUGCUCGGCGAGAUAACGUUGGCCAUUUACACGACCGUGUCGCGUGGUCUAUUCGAGAAACACAAAUUGGUCUUCAGCUUUAUGCUGAGCAUCGCUGUGCACGUAAACGAGAACGUCGUCUCGAAGCCACAAUGGACUUUUAUGUUGCGCGGCGCCAGCCAAAUCAGCGUCGCGGACAUGCCAAGUAUCCCGACGUUAACGGCUCAAAUGUGGGUCUCGGUGAAUUAUUUAGCCGCCACGUUCCCGAGCUUCAAGCACAUCGUCAAUGAUGUAUUCAAGAAGAUCCCGCUGACUGUCGGAUACUUCCGCGAAGUGAUCAAUGUAGUCCCGAAGAACGUGCGAACGGCGACUCGAGACUGGGACCUUCGGUUGACGGAUAUAGAGAAGCUGAUGCUGGUGAAGGCCUUGAAGGAGAAUCAAUUGAUCUUCGCGAUCACGGCGUACGUGGCGAAGAACCUCGGGCAGAAAUUCGUGGAGUCGCCGAUCGCUGCGUUGCCACUCUUAUUCGCUGACACGACGAACAAGAUACCGCUAGUCUUCAUUCUCACGACCGGAUCCGACCCUUUCAGCGGUUUCCUGAGGUUCGCAGCCGAGAUGAACUUCUCCGACAGGUACAAUUCCAUUUCUCUGGGACAAGGUCAAGGCCCCGUCGCCGAAGGACACAUACGGAAGGGCACCGUGGAGGGCAGAUGGGUGUUCCUGCAGAAUUGCCAUUUAGCCACCUCCUGGAUGAUCAAAAUGGAGCAGAUCAUUCUGGAAAUCGCCGAGGAACAAGAGGGACGGAUCCACCCGGACUUCCGGCUGUUCCUCAGCUCGAUGCCGAGCGUCGCCUUUCCGGUUUCCGUCCUUCAGAAUUCGGUGAAGGUGACUAACGAGCCGCCGAAAGGUCUGAAGGCCAACGUAAAGAGGGCACUCCACGAUAUAGAGGAAGAAUUCUUUGAACGCCACCAUUUAAAAGAGAAGUGGCGGAAGAUCAUAUUCGGCGUCUGUUUCUUCCACGCGAUUAUCCAAGAACGGAAGAAGUUCGGUCCUCUGGGAUGGAAUAUUCUUUACGAGUUCAACGACAGCGACAGAGAAUGCUGUCUGCUUAAUCUGAAAUUGUUCUGCGUACACAAUCGCAUACCGUGGAACGCGUUAAUUUACACUACAGGUGAGAUCACUUACGGUGGCAGGGUCACGGACAACUGGGACCUAAGGUGCAUGAAGACCAUCCUAGACAUAUUCUUCUCCCCUAAAACCCUGGAAGAUAAUUACAUCUACUCGCCCUCCGGGAAAUACUACUGUCCCGACUUCAAGACUCUGCAGGAAUAUAAAGAUUUCGUGGAGGAUUUCCCCAUGAUCGAUGACCCCGAAGUCUUCGAGAUGCAUGAAAACGCGAACAUCACUUACCAAUUGAAAGAAGCGCAGUUCGUUGUCAACACCAUUUUGGAGGUGCAACCGAAGGAAUCUGUUUCCGAGGAAGGUAAAUCGAGUUCGGAUAUAGCGUACGAGAUCGCGGAUAUGAUUCUAGCUCGAAUUCAAUUGAAGAUAGAUCCUGCGAAGUGUAAUUCGCAACACUUAAUAAGAGAUACCAAGGGAAGACUACCGUCUCUGACCACUGUCCUCCUUCACGAAGUCGACAGAUACAAUAUACUGCUGAAGAGAAUAUCCACGUCAAUUGAAAAUCUGCAACGAGCCAUUAAAGGCUUCGUGGUAAUGUCAGAGGAAUUAGAGAAUGUCUUCAUCGCUCUUAUCAAUAAUCAGGUACCGCAAAUGUGGCACAAUGCGAACGUGUAUCCAUCCUUAAAAACGUUGGGGAGCUGGAUAAAAAACUUAGAAUUGAGGAUUGAUUUCAUUCAAAUUUGGCUAACUUACCAAAAGCCUGUCUCUUUUUGGAUCUCUGGCUUAUCGUUUCCACAAGGAUUCUUGACAGGUAUGCUGCAAACGUGUGCAAGGAAAUACAACACGCCUAUUGACCAUUUGAAGUUGAAUUUUAUUCCUACCAAAGUUGUUCUUGAUCAAGAGGAGAUUAAGGAGGAACACAGGAAAUCUGGACAAGAGGUGAUGGAAGUGUAUAAGGGUUUGGUAGUGCCAGAGGAUGGUGUACUGAUACAUGGACUUUACAUUGAUGCUGGUAAAUGGGAUUUUGAAUCUAUGAUACUAGUAGACGCGAACGUAGGUGAAAUGCAUCCUACUCUUCCAGUUUUACAUAUAAAUCCAGUAUUAGAAUUACCAAUAGACGAUCCAAGAUAUGUUUCUCCCCUAUACAAAACAGCAGUACGUGCAGGAGUAUUAUCUACAACGGGGCAUAGUACAAAUUUUGUUGUUGCAAUUCUGCUUCCAUCUGCAAAGGAACAAGCAUACUGGAUUUUAAAAGGGACAGCUCUCUUAAUUGAAAUUAUAGAUUAAGUUUUCUGUAGUUUAAGUAAUACAAUUUAGACUAUAAUUUUCAUACCAAUAUAAAUAUAUAUUUAUGUUAAACAUGUGUUUUAUAAAGUAAAGCUGCACAAAAGGCGUUAUAUUACACAUACAUAUAUAACUUAAA